AUGGAGGCGGGACUGACGAGCACAGUUGUCACAGUCCCUGCCUGUCUUGACAACUUGCCUUCCAAGGCCCUGUUUUUCCCAACACGGUGCAGGAACCAGGAUGUGAAGCUCCCGCAGGAAGUGAUGACCCGGCGUUUUUUCUCUGUGCAUGGGCAGGACUGCACACGAGUGCGCAGAGUUAUCCCGGUCUCUGAAAAAGCAAAGCAGAGGGCCGGCAGUGACAGGAUAACCCUGGAUCAGUGUGGGACUCUUUUGAAAUACUCUCAGCUGUCGAAAGGCGAUGACCCCACAGCAGAUAUCCAGCCAACACACAAUGACGGCCUCUCACAGCGUCGGCUGGGAGGAAAGAAGCUUUGGAGUCUGGUGUGUGAGUCGGCUUGGAAAGUCCAUAUUGCAAAGUUCUCUCUGUUGGUGGGGUCGAUCUUUGGAUACCUGGUGUUUGGCAUACUUGCAGACUGGUUUGGCCGACACCCAGUCCUGAUCAUUUCAGUGCUGUUCAUGCUGGUGUUUGGUCUGACUGUGGCAUUCUCUGUCAACGUCCCCAUGUUCAGCACCUUACGUUUCUUUGAAGGCUUCUGCCUGGCAGGGAUCACCCUUUCUCUCUACGUCCUCAGAAUUGAGCUGUGCCUGCCAAGAUGGCGAUUUUCCAUGACCAUGGUGGCCAGUUUUGUGGUUCUGGGUGGUCAGCUUCUCAUGCCCGGUGUGGCGUACCUUUGUCGCGACUGGCAGGUACUUCAAGUUGUCAUCAUCUGUCCCCUGCUGCUUAUGCUGUCCUACAUUUGGAUUUUCCCUGAGUCACUGCGUUGGCUGCUGGCCACUCAGCAGUACUGCCGCUCCAAAUGGAUCAUGGGACACAUUGCAAAGAAGAAUCGAGCGAACAUGGAACUUGAUGCUGAUAGCAUCCUUACAGAGCUUCAAAGAGGACUUCAAAAGAAACCCAAAAAGACAUGCAUCGUGAGAAUGGUUGGCACCAGGAACCUGUGGAAGAACAUUGUUGUUCUAUGCGUCAAUUCGCUAACGGGUUAUGGGAUCCACCACUGCUUUGCCCGCAGCAUGAUGGACCAGGACGUCCAGGAUACCACUAUGUUUCACAAUUUCUAUGCAGACUAUUACACAAUGGCGGGCAUUGCGGUGGCAUCGUGUAUUGCACUGUGUCCAGCUGUAGGCUUGAUGGGCCGGCGUGGUGGCCUUCUUAUGUUCAUGAUCGUCACUGCCCUGGCUUCACUGCUGCAGCUCGGCCUGCUCAACUUGCUGGGGAAGUACAGUUACCACCUAAAUAUAGAUAGCUCAGAUACGCUGAAAAAGAACUUCUCCAUUGCGUUCUCCAUCAUCGGUAUGUUCUCUUCCCACGCAGUCAGCAACCUGAGCAUCUUCUUCUGUGCUGAGAUCACCCCCACUGUGAUCAGGGGUGGUGGUCUUGGACUGGUCCUAGCCAGUGCUGGCUUCGGCAUGCUGACUGCACCCAUCAUGGAACUUCACAAUCAAAAGGGCUACUUCCUUCACCACAUCAUUUUUGCCUGUUGCACUCUCAUUUGCAUCAUUUGCAUUCUCCUGUUACCCGAGACACGUUAUCAGCCUCUCCCCGAGAGCUUGGCCGACAGUGAGAGCUACACCCGUCCGCCUCUACUUCCACCGAGGAAACCGGGAGAGCAGCACCUACUGGCCCUGUCCGAGAGCGGCAGGGACUACACCAGAGUGCACGAUACCCCCCUCCAUGAGGUAGCAGCCACAGCAGUUUCAACUAUGGACUCUACUGCCUCUUCAGCUGUGGACUUGACGGUCCCAUAUGCUGGGGAAGUGUCCACCUCCAUUCUCUUGGAGCGUCACCCUGUUAAGCCUGACCCCAAAGAGCCCAGCGGUCACUCCGUUUCGUCAUCAACCCCCACUCCUGAAACAGCCCUGGGUAAAGAUGGCGUCAUAGCCGCUAGCAAAGACCACCUGUUGUCUUCCAGUCCUUUACACAAAGCCCCAUGCAUCACAGACCCACUUCUGGCCGAUGCAGAAGAAACCCAUGCAAUAGUCCUCGGCCCCGUUGAGCCGAUGACGGAUUGUGCCACGCUUGAGAUAAACGACAUUGUUCCUUCCUCUGAAAGCAUAGAUAGCUCAGGCCCUGCUGCUUCAUGUGAUUCUCCCUCUCCCUCCAAGCCCCAAAUGUUGCCCUCCUCUUUACUCAUCAGCACUACACCCAUUCUGGAGCCGCCACCCAGCUCUAUAUUAGAGUCGCCGAAGCCCUCGGAUAACGAUGUUGACACUAUGAUCACAUCUGAUGCGUCUUUGCCCGGGGAUGCUCAGUGCACUUCAGCAGACUCGUCUACACCAUCAGUGCAAGAUGGUGUCCCUCCCUCUGCUCUUCCUGUUACAGACUGUGACAUUCCCUCCGACCCUCCAUCCUCCAUUACCCCAAACUCUGACAUUCCCCUCCAGGUAGAAAUGGCAGAUGAAGAAACAUUUACCCCUUCCACUAGAGACUCCCAGUCUGCUCAGGUAGAUUCUACCUCUUUAUGUGUUAAAGAUGGAACUACUCAUUCUUCUACUCCCUCAAAUUCUGACAUUGCUUCACCAUCGCCCACAUCUCCUCCGCCUAUUGACUCAGGCCAUGUGACCUCAGUGGACUCUUCCACUCCCCCUACAGCACACACAGCCGCCAAUUCACAGCCCCCUCCAGUUCUCCCUGUCACAGACAUUGUGAAUACUUGGAUUCCAGAACCAAGCACCCUGACUGUGUCAGAUAUUUUACCAGAACCUGUAGUCGCGCUUGACUUGGAUUCGGUACCAAGUUCCAUUGCGGGUUCAGCCUGUACAGAAGCAGCAGAUCCCCCGUCUUUAAUGGACUGUACCGUGUCCUCCCCUAUAGACUCUGGUGUCCUCUCUAUCCUGGAGAGGGAAAGUGCCAGCGCAGAAAACAACAUUGUCAGUAGCACAUUGUUGUCGUGA